ACGACUUGAAACAUAGCCUCGAACAAGUUGGUGCAAAUGUUCGAGACAUAUAUAAACUUCUAAGAGCGAUAACAAAAGUGAUCAAAUACAAAAAUGAGAUGGCAGAUGACCAAUAUAUAGAAUGUAUUGAAAAUGAUUGUCAAAUGUUACGGAAAUAUGCCGAAAAAUAUUUUUUUCAAUGGAAAGGGAGAUAUGAUUUACAUACAAUAUUCAUAUCUAUGUUUUGUGAUCUACCAAAGUCUAUUCCUUCGGAUCGAAAUCUGGUCAUACAGUCUCUUAUACAUGCGUUAAGUAUGGUACCUAAUGAAUCAAUAGACGUAACUUACCGUGAAUACGUAGAGAAAUCAGUAGAUUUGAUCGAAUCAAUGUGGAAAGAAAGACUCUCAACAGCUGCGUCACAUUCAUUUGCAAUUGCAUUACUUAUUAGUAGAAUACCAUUGGAUCAUUUGUCUGUUAUUUCACCGUAUAUUCAAAAGAAUUUUCGUGAAGAUAUUUCGCGUUUCGAAUUAAGUAUACGGCAUAUGAUUGAAAUGAUACCACAUUCAUUUGCUAAAAAUAUGGGGCAUUGGAUCGUUGGAUUAAUGAAAGCUUUGGAAACUGUCAAAGGUCAUGAUCUUUUAUUUCGAAUCACGCGUAACAAUAUUACCAAAAUUUUCAACCAUUUACGGGACAGAAAAUCACGUGACGAGGCUUUAUUGGUUGUCGAAUAUAUGCUUCUUGGUUACCAAAUUGCGCCUGACGUUUUUAUGCUAGUUGUUCCAAUAUACCCAGAAGUGUUGGAAAUUAUAUCUCAAGAGGGUGAUCAAGUUAACGAGUUGCGUAAGCUUUCUCGCAUUGCUCAAUGUUUAAUGCCCCGUUUUCCUGCAAAUCCAAAUCAAUAUGCACCUCUUAAACAGAAAUUAGAAAAAUCAAGCGAAAUCAGGUCUAUUUUGCAAGAAUAUAAUUGGAAUAAAAACAUAAAGAUUGCAGAAACAACAUAUAAAUCUACUACAAAACCUACAAGAUCGCGUAAGAGAAUUGGGUUACAAAAUUUAGGGAACACAUGUUUCAUGAAUAGUGUGUUACAG